AUGUCCGACGCUGCCCACGAACACGCCGACCUCCUCGCGGCCAUCGCCAAGGGCGCCGACAAAUACCCCAAGCCAGAGAAGGUCAACUUCACCUACGGCACUGCGGGCUUCAGAACGCUGGGUGCCCGACUACCCUCCGUCAUGUUCAGAGUCGCGCUCCUCGCCAUCUUGCGCUCCAAGAGGCUCGAAGGUGCGACCAUCGGUGUCAUGGUGACAGCGUCCCACAACCCCGAACCUGACAACGGUGUCAAGCUUGUUGACCCAUCCGGAGAGAUGCUUGACCCGACCUGGGAGCCCCACGCGACAGCCCUCGCCAAUUGCCCCACCACCGAAUCCCUCGUCUCUACAUUCACUACUCUCAUCGCCCAUCUUCGGGUCGAUGUUCAUCAGCCCGCCUCUAUUGCGUACGCCCGAGACACUAGACCGAGCGGUCCUGAGCUUGUCGCUGCUCUGGAGGAGGGUUUAAAAGCGUUCGGCCAGGGAGUCAAGCUGCUUGACGUUGGGAUCACCACGACCCCGGUCUUGCACUACGUUGUCAAGGCUUUGAACGUCAAGGACGGGUCUUACGGCAAGCCCACUGUAGAGGGCUACCACGAAAAGAUGUCGACUGCGUUCAAGACAUUGAUUGGUCACCGCAAGCUCUCCCCGCUCUAUGUCGACUGUGCCAAUGGUGUCGGAGCCCCGGCUCUCGAGCAGCUGAAACAGUCUUUGGGUGACCUUCUCCCUUUGCACGCCUUGAACACUGAUACUACCACCCCUGGCGCCUUGAACAGCCAAUGCGGUGCCGAUUUCGUCAAGACCCGCCAAGCUCUGCCCCCUUCUAUCCAAAAGGCUGGCUUCCUGGCCAAGGCUGGCACUCGCGCCUGCUCUCUUGAUGGUGAUGCCGACAGAAUCAUCUACUACUACGUUGAUGAGCGCAAGGGCACUUUCAGGCUGCUGGACGGUGACAAGAUUGCAGUUAUGGUCGCAAUGUUCUUGGGAGAUUUGGUCAAGAAGGCCAAGUUGGGAGAAGACAAUGGCCUGGAGGUUGGUGUUGUCCAGACGGCUUACGCCAAUGGGAGCUCCACUAAGUAUUUGACAAGCAGGAAGAUCCCCGUGGCAUGUGUCCCUACAGGUGUCAAGCACCUCCACCAUGCCGCUCAGCGUUUCGACAUUGGCGUCUACUUUGAGGCCAACGGCCACGGCACUGUCCUCUUCUCUCCCUCUACCAUCACCACUCUCCAAUCCGUCCAGCCCACCUCACCCGACGCGGCCAAUGCUAUCAAGCACCUUCUAGCUUUCAACAACCUCAUCAACCAGGCCGUCGGCGAUGCUCUCUCAGACAUGCUUCUCGUCGAGACCGUUCUUGCCCACCGAGGCUGGGGUGCUCCCGAAUGGGACGCGGGCUACGAGGACCUGCCCAACAGGCUCGUCAAGGUCGAGGUGCCCGAUAGGUACAUCUUUGUGGCUACCGAUGCUGAAAGGAAGUUGGAGUCGCCUAUCAGUUUGCAGGGAAAGAUCGAUGCGGCGGUUGGCAAGUUUGUCGAGGGAAGGUCGUUUGUGAGGCCGAGUGGUACCGAGGAUUGCGUGCGAGUGUAUGCAGAGGCGGCGACGACUCUGGAGGUUGAGGGUAAAACAUAG